UGCUUACAUAAAGUAUAUGUGAAGAAUAUAAGUAUGAAAGAAAUAAGGGAGUUUCUUAUAGAACUCGAAAACAACAAAGAUGUUUACUUUCCAGGUGAUAUAGUUGCUGGAAACCUUGUUUUAGAAUUAUGGUCGCCUAUGCAAGUUGAAGAGCUAAAGCUUACAUUAAGCGGUGAGGCAAAGAUACCAUAUUGGAAUACUACUGAUUCUUUUCGAAGCAGCUAUGAACGUUACUUUAAACAGUCUGUUGUGAUUCUGGAAAGUGUCGAGGAAAUAAAAGAUGGUCAUGAUGUCCAAGAAGGUGUAAACAAAUAUCCUUUCACUUUCGAACUUCCACCUAACCUCCCCACUUCCUUUGAGAAUAGUAACGUUUAUGUACGCUACCUCUCAGAAGCAACACUAGUAACACACAUACAUGAUAGGUGGAUAUGCAGUAAUAAAGUCAUCACGGUCAUAUCUCAUCUAGAUCUUAAUGAAAUUGAUAACAUUGACGGUCCCUGUGAGAAGCAGAUAGUUAAAAAUCUUUGUUGUUUAUGCUGCACAACUGGUCCAGUAACCGGCAUCUUACGACUAGAUAGGACUGGGUAUAUUCCAGGGGAGUCAAUAAAUGUUAAUGUGGAGAUUAUGAAUAUGUCAAGAUACACAUGUAAUAUCGAAGUUAUUGGUAUCCAGACACUGUCGUAUACUAAAAUGACGGACACCGCAAAGCUUUUUUGUCGAUCAGUUCAUAGAGAAGUUCAUCCAGGAGACAGCGACAUGGUGUCGGAAGAACUGUUUAUACAACCAAACCCACCAUCUGGAUUAACGGGAUGUAGGAUUAUAUCUAUAGACUAUCAUGUACAGGUGAUGGUAAAGCCAGUUUGUUGUUUGCCGUUUUACAUAAAACAAAGAAUUGUUAUAGGAACAUUUCCACUACAGUCAAUGGUUGAGAAGUACACUAUGGAGUAUCCUGAUGCAUUAUCAACGACACCAACAGCCAAAGAAUUUCAGUUAAAUUUCCAGGAAAGCGAAUAUGAGGGCAGAAUACAAUUUCCAAGUAACGAUAGAUUUGGCCAACUAACGUUUAGACCAAAAUAUCCGUAUUUUGAAUGUCUCAAAAACACAGUACAACUAUGUAAGGGGUCGCUGAGAUAAAAAUGUAAUCAGUUCAAGUACUAUUUAAUGGCUGAUUAUAUUCUAUUCUAAAUAUAUCAGAUUACAUUUUCGAUUACUUUUCUUUAUCUAAUCACAGAACUGACUACUGCUUAAGAUUUCAUUGUAAUGUUUCAUAAAAAAAAUGUUUUUACACUAACUUGAUUUCUUUUUUUAAGAAUUAAA